UACUUACUCAUGAAUACAGAAAAGCAGCUUUAAAAGGUCACUCAGAUUCUGUACCAGUGCUAACCAAUCCUAAAUUUAACCACAGAAAAUACAAAUUAUUAACGACAGUAUGGGAGACUGCUCAGAUCCCUACAGCUAGUUAAAGAAAAAAAUAGGUUUUUUUUAGUGUUGCUGAGGAAUCAUCUGUGUUUAAUCACUUCAAUCAAAUUGAAUGAUUGAGCUGCUGUCGUGUCUCUGAAGUGAGAAGAUACUCACAAACAGAGGCUUAAGUGCUACUCAGUCCCCUUGAACUCAUCAGCGCUCACUGUGGCUGUCAAAGUGGAUGUGCCCAUAUCAAUGUGAGAUAUUUUGUUACUAAGGAACAAACUGAUAAGUCAUUAAAGUAGCACCUUUUCUAUGUUGAAACUCCAAUACUGUCUCUGUGAAAAGAUUUUAAGAACAGACAUUUUGAUGUUUUUCUCAGAAUUUUUUCUCUUUCAUGUUAAAACAUGAGAAAUCAAGCUGUAUGUGUAUCAAUUCUUCUUGUGUUUGUAACUGUAUAACCUCGAUCUGACAGUGCUGACCUCGGCAGAAGUUCAUUAUGCUUUCCAGGUUUGUAGUUCAGUUGAAUUUUGCUCUUGCAUCGAUUGACCUGGUGAGUUCCUCUCGCUACCCAAAGUCUGGUGAUGCGAAUGCAGAUGGCACUGCUGAGAAGUCUGGCGAGCAUUUAUAAGUGGAUAUUUUAACACUUAUUUGAUAUAUCUGUACAAAAAAUAGUCACAGUUUUUGCAGGAAUAAUUAUGGCACUACUUUGCAGUGAAGCAGAGAGAGUUUGUAAUUGGCAUGGAGGAAGCAGGACUUAGGCAGGAUGAGAGAUUCUGCUCAGAACCCCUCAGGAGCGAAGGCUGUCGCGCAGCCCCGGGGCGCUCCCACGCGGGCGCCGAGGCCUCGUUGCUAUAGCGACGGGGCUGACCCGAGCGGAAGCAGUGGCGGUCACUUCCGGGUCGGCAUGGCGGCGCUGGGGAGCUGAGGGCGCGAUGCCGCUGGUGGUGCUGUGCGGGCCGCCGGGGAGCGGCAAGAGCCGGCGUGCGGCCGAGCUGCGGGAGGCGCUGGGCGGAGCGGAGCGGCAGGCGCACGUCGUGGCCGAGGCGGAGGGCGGGCGGGCGGCUCUGCGGGCCGAGGUGGAGCGGCUGCUGAGCCGGCGCGACGUGGUGAUCGUGGACGCGACUAACGAGCUGCGGAGCAUCCGCUACGAGCUGUACUGCGCGGCGCGGCAGGCGGGCACCGCGCGCUGCCUGCUGCACUGCGUCGGCGGCGGCCCCGCCGAGCCGCCCUUCGAGGCCCCGGACCCGCGCAACCGCUGGGACCGGCCGCUGUUCACCGUACAGGGCGAGGAGCCGCUGCCGCUGGCCGACAUCCGCGCGGCCAUCUUCGACAGCGCCCCGCCGCCGCCGCACCGCGCCACGCGCAGCCAACCCCUGCAGUCCGGCGGCUUCCUGCAUCUCCUCGACCGCGCCACGCAGGACGUGGUGUCCGCUCUCGUGGCCGCCCAGAGGAGCGGGGCGCAGCCUGGAGAGCUGGUGCGCGUCCCCGGCGUGGAGGAAGGGCUGGUGUUGCCGCGGCCUGUCGGCCUGGCUGAGCUGAGCCGGCUCCGCAGGCAGUUCAUCAGCUACACUAAGAUGCAGCCCAGCGAUGAGAACUUGGCCCAGCUGGCCAGCAUGUUCCUGCAGUACCUGAGCCGCAGCAUCCAGUGAGGCACGGCUCCUUCGUGUCCCAAAGUGCUCGCAGGAGUAGGAACGUGCCCUGCUGCCGUGCACCCCGAGGAGCUGUGACCUUUGUGUUACAUGUCACAGCCCACGGCAGUGACAGUGCUGAGAAAGCCAGUACUGUGGCGCUGCGGUGGCUAUUCUCCCAAGAGGAUCUAUAGGAUGGCUCUCCUCCUGUCCUCCCUACCGUGUUCUUCCCACGUGCAUCUUUCAAAAAGAACUUGUUGCACCCCCAUGCAACUGAAGUCUCCUGUGGAGACCUCCAUCUUGAUACCCAAGUAGCAGUUGAGCAUAAAUGCUGCAAAGUGAUGACCAUAAGGAGAACUCCCGCCCUCCUCGUUGAUGUGUCUGUAUCUUGAAUAAGAGGACUGCUGUUCCAAGACUGCCUCCAGAUAUAUCAAACUGUAGUGGGGGACUUCAGUUCCUGGUCUAGAAGAGGCUGUAUUUUUGGGACAUAACUGUUUUUAAAAAUCUUAUUGAACUCAGCAGAUAGAUUUGCAAACUGCACAACAGCAGAGUGCUGGCUUAGGAAACUUAAACCUCUCAUUUCAAGUUUAACAAUAAAAUACGUGCCUUAGAUGGAACAGUCUUAAUCUACCUGCGGGACUGUUUUAUUGAAACUACUUGCUAUGGCUUUUCUCUGCAAGGUCAUCAUUAAAUGCUUUUAAAAACA